UCUUCCGGCUCUUCUCCGCACUGAAGAGUUGCGGAGUUAUCUGGCCUUUGUGGAUUCUGCGGUAUAAGGACUACUUGGAGGUUGCGGUGGGAGAUAAAGAACGAGAGUGCUGAGCUCUGCUCCACUUGCCACGGCGCUUCCGGGCGCGACCAAGUCUGAGUCCUCUCUGGCUGUCAGUCACCAGGGUGGGAAAGUGCCCAGAGGGCGGGUCCUGGCGAUGGCUGCAUCUACGAUGCUCCUGCUCCACAAAAGCUGCCAAAGCAACUUCUAUGGAAAAAGCUGUUUUAUUUUUCUCCUCAGAAAGAAAUGAAUUUUUGCCGGAGUAGUGGUUGGAUUGACCAGCGUCAUAAACCUUGCGAUUUCAGCGCCUCUGGAAUGCUACCAGUUGUGUACAACAGGUGAUAGAGUGCCACUGUCCACUGAAAUUCAUCAGCUGCACUAAAACGAUGCUUGCCUCAGUGAAAGGAAUACUCAUGCACACUUCAGUGUUGCAGGAUGGCAGCUCCUGAUUCAUCCCAUGGUCCUUCAGAGGACUCAGUCUGCCUUCACGAAGAAAAGAUAUCAGCAGAAAUGAUGUUGGUUGAUUGCCUGACAGAUUAUCAGGAGUUAGUGAGCUUUGAGGAUGUGAUUGUGGACUUUACCCAAGAGGAGUGGACCUCACUGAACCCAGAUCAGAGAAACCUCUACAGAGAUGUGAUGCUGGAGAACUACCAGAACCUGGCCACAGUAGGAUAUCAACUCAUCAAACCCAGUUUGAUCUCUUGGCUGGAACAAGAAGAGUUUAGUGCAGGCCAGAAGAUAGUUUUUCCAGAAUGGAAAAUACAACUUGAAACCAAAUGUUCAGCAUUCCAGGAGGAAGUUUUGAGGGGUAACAUAUCCACUGGGAUGCAAAUGCAGACAGGAAGCGACAGAGGAAGGGAGCUCUGUGACGGGAUGCAAUAUGGAGACUUCUUCAGUGAACUCUCACCCCUUAGGACAGAUACGGAAACUCAACCUGCACAGGAUAAUUAUGGUUGUAGUCAGUACAGAAAAGACUUUCUGAUGCUUCAGACGAAAAACUGUGAUGGUGAGAAACUCUCUGAGUUUAGUGAGAGUGAAGAAACCGGCACGACCCCAGUUAAAGCUUAUCAGAAAAUUGCCACACAAGAGAAAGGUUUUGAAUGUAGUGACUGUGGGAAGUCCUUUACGAGUCAGUCACACCUUCAGACACACCAGAGAACUCACAGUGGAGACAAACUUUAUGAAUGGAAUGAAUGUGGGAGAAGUUUUAUAAACUCAAGACUUUCUGUGCUUAUAGAAACUCUGAAUGCAAAGAAACCUUACAGAUGUAAGGAAUGUGGGAAAGGCUAUAGAUACCCUGCAUAUCUAAAUAUUCACAUGCGAACUCACACUGGGGAAAAGCCCUAUGAGUGUAAGGAGUGUGGGAAAGCCUUCAAUUAUUCCAAUUCAUUUCAGAUACAUGGAAGAACUCACACAGGAGAGAAACCCUAUGUCUGUAAUCAGUGUGGGAAAGCUUUCACUCAGUACUCAGGUCUUAGUAUCCACGUAAGAUCCCACAAUGGAGACAAGCCCUAUGAAUGUAAGGAGUGCGGGAAAGCCUUCCUUACAUCCUCUCGACUUAUUCAACAUAUAAGAACUCACACAGGAGAAAAGCCUUUUGUGUGUGUCAAAUGUGGGAAAGCCUUUGCUAUUUCUUCGAAUCUUAACGGGCAUCUGAAAAUGCAUGCUGAAGAGAAGACCUGUGAGUGCAAGAUUUGUGGGAAAGCAUUUGGAUAUCUUUCAUGUCUUAAUAAUCACAUGAGAACUCACAAUGCCAAAAAAUCAUACACAUGCAAGGAGUGUGGGAAGGCCUUUAACUAUUCCACCCACCUUAAAAUUCACAUGCGAAUCCACACUGGAGAAAAACCCUAUGAGUGUAAACAGUGUGGGAAAGCCUUCAGUCACUCCACUUCAUUUCAGAUCCACGAAAGAACCCACACUGGAGAGAAGCCCUAUGAAUGUAAAGAGUGUGGGAAAGCCUUCAUCUGUCCCAGUUCCUUCAGGAUUCAUGAAAUAAGUCACACCCAUACUGAAGAGAAACCCUAUAAGUGUCAACAGUGUGGAAAGGCCUAUAGUCAUCCUCGAUCACUUCGCAGACAUGAAAGAACUCACUAGAGAGAAGCCUGGUUGACUGAAGCAAUGUGAGAAAGCCCUUAUUUGAGCUCAUUUACUUUGAAGACAUGAUUUUACUCACACUGGAGAGAAACUAUUAAAAUUAGAUACGUAGCUUAGAGCAGUACUGUGUUACCACACUGAACAACACAAAUGCUCUAUAUCAAAAAAAACUGAAGCAGAUGCUGGCAAGAUGGCUCAGUGGGUAAAAGCACUUGAUGGGAAUGUCUGACAACUUGAAUUCAAUCCACAUCCAUGUAAAAGAGAAAGAUGUAGUGGCAUGCAUCUGUAUUCUUAGCAUUCCUACAGAUAGGAGGCAGAGGCAGCAGAAUCACCUGGAAGCUUUCAGGCCAGCUAGCCUAUUCUACACAGCAUGGCAGAAAGGAAGACUGCCUCAACAAGGUAGAAGACCUAAUGCCUUAAAGUUGUCCUCUGAUCUCCAUGUGUCUGCCCACUCUCCGAAAUAUACCACAGUAAUAAUUUUUUUUUUUAAAGAAUUGAAAUGAGGGUUGUUGAGAUGGCUCAGCAGACAAAAGCAUACUCCAUACACUCCUGACUACCAGUUUUGUAUCUCUGGAUCCCACAGUGAGUGUAAUGAGAGAAUUGGCUCCUAAAAGCUCCCCUGUGACCUCCACAUGAGUGCUGUGGCAUGCACAACCCCCAAUAAAUUACAUUUUAAAAAUUCAAGUGAGGGACUGUAGAGAUGAUUCAAACAGUUGUAAUAAGCAUCUGCUGCUCUUGCAGAGGACCAGGCUUCAGUUCUCAGCACUUGUGUGGCAGUUUGUAGCUAUCCAUAACUAGGUGAAGGGGAUUUAGCCUCUUCUGGCCUCUGUGAUCACUCAGCACACACACAAGUGCAUAUGUGCAGGCAAAACAUGUAUAAAGUAAAAAUAAUAAAAAGACAAUGAAGUUGCAAUGAGUCCAUUAGAAAUGACUAAUGUCCUCAAAAGGUUAAUAUGCUGUAGGUAGCACACAGAGAGGACCAUGGAAACUUCAGAUAGCCUUCUGCAAAUAGAGACAAAUGGCUCCCACAAGUGUUUCUACUCAGGCCUCCAGAGGAAACUACCUGAGUUAUGCUGAUCUCUGAUUUCCGGCCUCCAGAUUGUAAGAAAUAAAAAACCAUGUUUAAGCUA